UCCACCUUAUAAAAGAUAGUAAAAACCAAGAAAGAGAUUGAGAAGAUCAAGAGGAAAAGAUGUCAACAUUGAAUAACCAUUUGUUUGAACUCCAAGACACAAUAUGCUAUGUGCAAUGUGGCUAUUGUACUACAAUAUUACUUGUUAGUGUGCCAUGCAGCAGCUUGUGCAACAAAAUGGUAACAGUGAGAUGUGGGCAUUGCACUACUCUCCUCUCUCUCAACUUGAUUAAACCUUCUCUUCAUCUAUUUGCUUCCUUCGACCAAACUCAUCAGCCAAAGCCACCAGAAGUUGACAAGGAUGAAAUUGAUGAUGCUAAUAAGAAGAAUUCAAACUCAGAUGAAGAAGAUCAAUUGGAGAAUAAUGUUCUUCCACUUAAUCAAGUUGUUAAUAAACCUCCAGAGAAGAGACAAAGAGCUCCAUCGGCUUAUAAUUGCUUUAUCAAAGAAGAGAUCAAGAGGCUGAAGACCCUAUACCCCAACAUGACUCACAAGCAAGCUUUCAGUACCGCAGCAAAAAAUUGGGCCCACUUUCCACCAAGUCAACAUAGAGGAGGCUGUAGUCUUGGAGAGAGGAAAAUGGCAAAGGUUUCUGCUGCAAGAAACUCUAUGGUCCCAAGAGAUAGCAACGGUUUAAUUCCUUGAAUGAAAGGCACGACUCCGUUUCAUGAGCGAAGAGAUCUUAAUCAUUUCGAAAUUGAAGAACUGAAUUAUGUGAUAUUUUCUUGCUAGUAGUACUGUUGCUUUCAAUUUCUAUUUGUGUUAAAGAUGCUAUUGUCAAUUAAUAGGGUCAUUGAAGUUUAUGUUUGCAACUUUUGGAAGUU